AUGUAUAGGCUAAAGACAGCAGUAAAAGGAGAGGCAAGCCGUAUUAUACAACAUCUGAGAACGCAGGAUAACGCGUACGAGGAAGCAAUGAAUUUGCUAAAGGAAAGGUACGAGGAUCGGAGAGUACUGUUUAAUAAAUUGGUUGACUCCAUUUUGGACCAGCCAAUUAUGGACAGUGAAUCGGCAGCCAGCGUGAAGAAAAUGCUAGAUACAACUAAAAACAGCGUUCAGGGCCUUCGAUCAAUGAAGAUACCCUUGGAGAACACAACAGCAUUUUUGGCAAGAGUGAUCUUGAGAAAGUUUGAUAAGAAUGGAUCCAGGUUGUACGAACAACAAAUCAGGAAGCCAAGAGAGAUCCAGAAGUUAGAGGAUGUGUUCCAGUUCUUGGAGCAACAAUAUUUGGCGUUGGAAGCAGCAGGUCAAUCUUUCGAUACAAAUAGAGCCAUAAAAUUCGAGAAAAGAUUCAGCCAAUCGCAAGAGUCUUGCCAUGUUUGCAAUCGAAUAGGACACAAAAUGGUAGAUUGUCGAGCGUUCUUAGCAAUGACAUCAGCGGAAAGGAUUGCUAAGGCCAAUGAACUGCGAGUUUGCUGUAGUUGCCUUAAUCACAAGAUGGACAGCAGAUGUCUCAGUAACAGACGGUGUCAAACAUGCAGUGGAAGACAUCAUACAUUACUGCACGUUGAUGAGCAAAAGAAGUACAAAAAUACUGGGAUGAAGAAGGAAGCAAGCGCUACGAAAGCAACGAUGAUGACGCAGGAAAGUACUUCGACUGUACUACUCGCUACAGCGCAAGUGAAGGUACGCUCGAUGACCGGAGAGGAUGUAACGAUGAGGGCGAUUAUCGACCAAGGGUCGCAGGUAACAUCGAUAUCAGAGGAAGCUGCUCAGAUUCUUGGACUUCCACGGAUCAAAAAUAAUACCAUUAUUCAUGGACUGGGCAGCACGCCAGUGGGAGUAUCCAGACAUAAAGUUAAGAUAGAAGUGAAGCCUCGAUUUCUAAGCAACGAAAUCUUUCGCACAGAGGCAUUCGUGCUACCAUCAGUGAUGAGUGCUCAACCAGAGGAAUCAUUCGAGGCCAAUGUAGAAGAAUGGAACAAUUAUACAUUGGCAGAUCCGUUGUUUAACAAGUCAGACAGAGUGGACUUGAUCAUCGGUGGCGAUCUGUAUUCCGAGCUAAUGGAAGAAGGCCAGAGAAAGGAUAAUGGACCUUUUGCCCAGAAAACUAAAUUAGGUUGGAUUUUAUCCGGCAAGGUACAGCUGAAAAACAAGUCCAGAAGAUAUCAUUCAGCCGUGACUAAUUUGGAAAGAUUUUGGGAGAUCGAGGAGGUAGAAACGCCAGCAAGUCCGGCGGUGGAAGAUGACUGGUGUAUGCAGAUGUAUGACGAAUCGACAGCAGUAGAAGAUGAUGGACGAAUAGUGGUGUCAUUGCCGUUGAAAGAAGAUAAAUCACUCGGCGAUUCCAAAAGUCUGGCAACAGCAAGGUUACUAUCUACAGAAAGAAAUCUACGGCGCAACCCUGAGCUGCGAGGCCCCUACAGAGGAUUUAUGAAGGAGUACGAAGACCUAGGUCAUAUGGAAAAGGUGUCAUCAGAAUCUAAAGGAAGAUUUUACUUGCCUCAUCAUGCAGUGAUACGAGAAGGUAGUUUGACUACGAAAUUGCGGGUGGUAUUCGAUGCGUCAGCGAAAUCCACAAAUGGAAGAAGCCUAAAUGACAUAAUGUAUACAGGCCCUAAGCUGCAAAGAGAUAUAUUUGACAUCAUGCUGCAAUGGCGAAUGUACCCCUAUGUGGUAACGGCAGACGUGGAAAAAAUGUAUCGUCAGAUAAAGGUGCAUCCGGCUGAUCAAGAGUAUCAAUAUAUUUUAUGGAGGGAAACGGAGAGCCAGCCGAUUCAGCAAUAUAAGUUGACGACAGUGACAUAUGGAACAACGGCAGCACCAUUCUUAGCAGUGAGGACACUAUUUAAGAUAGGAGAGGAUCCCGAACUUGAUACUCAAAUAAAGAGAAUAAUAAGAGAAGACUUUUAUAUGGACGACCUGAUGACAGGUGCAGAUUCAAUAGAAGAAUGCGGAAGAAUUGUGGAAAAGGUUUCCAGUCAAUUAAAGAAGUAUAAUUUCAACCUACGAAAAUGGCUGUCUAAUGACGAAAGAAUCUUGGGUGCCGUAGCGGAUAGAGGAAAUAAUGAGGUCUUAAAAAUUGAAGAUGACGAGUCCAUAAAAACUUUAGGCGUUUUAUGGGAUCCGCGUUAA